UCGAAAAUGAAAUGUUUAUAUACCUACUGGAUGUAAAUAAUGCAAUUGGUGAAGGCUAAGGACCUCCCUCAGAGGAAAAUAGUCAAAUCAAAAUUCUUAAACUUACAUAAAAUUCCAGAUUCUAUUCUUCAUGACCAAGCCUUAAAUUCUGAUAUCCAAAAAUUACCAAACAAUUAUAAUUUUGAAAUUCACAAAACAAUUUGGAGAAUACAAAGUUUGAAAGCUAAAAAGAUAGCUCUACAAUUGCCAGAGGGUUUAGCUAUAUUUGCAUGUACCAUAAGUGAUGUCAUAGAAGAUUAUUUUUUGAGAAACAAAAUUUUUGAUGAAAUUGGGGAAAGAUUUUAUGUUGAAAUACUGAUAAUGGGUGAUGUGACAUAUGGGGCUUGCUGUAUAGAUGACUAUAGUGCUAAAUCGUUAGGUGUUAAUUUAUUAAUUCAUUAUGGUCAUAGCUGUUUGGUUCCCUCUCAAAAUCUGGAAUCUUUUGAUUGCUGUAACAAAGCAUUUAAUGUUCUGUAUGUGUUUGUUGAUAUAACCUUUGAUACAAAACAUCUGAUAGAUACAAUAAUGCUUAACUUUCCUCCUCAAAUUAAUGUUUAUAUUGGUGCUACAGUCCAAUUCAUAGCUUCCUUACCUUUCAUCAUCGAUGUUUUACAAAGAGAUUAUUUUCUCAAAUAUUCAACACAUGAGCCUCACGGUAAAAUUGACUUUAUUCCAAGGACAUCCCCCCUUUCUAAAGGUGAAGUUUUGGGUUGCACUGCUCCAACAUUUCCUAGCAGAUUUUCUGACAUAGAUUCUUGUUUAGUCAUCAUAUUUGUGGCAGAUGGUAGAUUUCACUUAGAAGCACUUAUGAUAGCCAACCCCCAUUUAGCUGAUCACUUUUAUCUUUACAAUCCUUAUGAUAAGAAGCUAACUUCAGAACAUUAUGACCAUGUGGGUACUCUUAAGGAUCGGAAUGCGGCUGUAUCUAUUAGUGUAGCUCAUUGUUUAAAAUCAUUUAAAAAACCAACUGAGCUAUCUGAACAAAAUUUUGAAAUUGAUACUGAUUUUAAAAUCACAACAAAAAAUUCAACCAAGUGUAUUACCACCAUAGGCUUCAUACUAGGCACCUUAGGGAGGCAGGGCUCACCUGUGGUUAUAGAUCAUUUGAUAAGUCGAGUCCAUAAAUUAAACUCACAUUUUGACAUUCAAUAUUUAACAGCAUUGAUAUCUGAAAUUUCCCCUGAAAAGUUAAAAUGUUUUUCAAAAGAUAAUGAUGGUAUUGAUUAUAAAACCAGUUCCCCUGAUUUUUGGGUACAAGUGGGAUGUCCUAGGCUUUCUAUUGAUUGGGGGCAGGCAACCUUUGGGUCUAACCCACUCCUGAAUCCAUUUGAAUUCAACAUGGUUUGCAAAAUAUGUGAAGAUAUUAUAUACAAUAGAAGUAAUAAUUUGCCAAAUGUGAAUGGGUUGAUCGAGGAUUAUCCAAUGGAUUAUUAUGCUUAUGAUAGUUCAGGACCAUGGACACCUGCUCAUAGGCCUAAGAAAAACUAAACUUUGAAAAUAAAAUUUGUUUGCUAAGAAUUAUAAUAUAUUUUUUGAUUAUUUAUUAGUAUAUAUUAAAUGUAAAAAGUAUAUUUUUCAAUGUAACAUAAUGUGCAAUAAUAAAAAUAUAUU